AAAAGCAAAGGUAGCUGCUCCAAGGCUCUAGCCGUGAUUUUGAAAUUGUGAACUCUGUUCUGUUACAGAUGAUAUAAACGGGCCGCAGCCUGGGCCUUUCCUAGCGGGCUCUAUGGGGGCCUCCCUCCAGUCUCUCCCUCUGCCUCUGCCUCCUCCUCCUCCUUCUCAUGCCACCAUCCAGCAUAGCCUCAGCCUCAAUGACACGUUCCUGAGGGCGCUGCCUCGCUCCUCCUCUUCCUCCUUGCAGGGAGACGUCCAGCCCCCCGCCACACAGCCCCCCCCUGCCCAGGCGCUGCACUGCCCGCUGAGCAGACCCGACCCCUGCAGCUUCGCAGCCAGCCUGAGGGAGCUUGAGAAGUGUGGCUGGUACUGGGGUCCCAUGAACUGGGAGGAUGCGGAGAUGAAGCUGAAAGGGAAGCCGGACGGCUCGUUCCUGGUGAGAGACAGCUCGGACCCCCGCUAUAUCCUGAGUCUCAGCUUCCGCUCGCAGGCCAUCACCCACCACACGCGCAUGGAGCACUACAGGGGGACCUUCAGCCUGUGGUGCCACCCCAAGUUCGAGGACCGCUGCCAGUCGGUGGUGGAGUUCAUCGAGAGAGCCAUCAUGCAUUCCAAGAACGGCAAAUUCCUCUACUUCCUGCGCUCCAGAGUUCCCGGUCUGCCCCCCACCCCAGUCCAGCUCCUAUACCCCGUGUCUCGGUUCAGCAACGUGAAGUCCCUGCAGCAUCUGAGUCGCUUCCGAAUCAGACAGCUGGUGCGGGUCGACCACAUCCCGGAGCUGCCCCUGCCCAAGCCCCUGAUUGCAUACCUGCGGAAGUUCUAUUACUAUGACCCAGAGGAGGAGACGCAUCUCUCUCUGAAGGAGGCUCGAGGCAGCCUGAGUCCAGAGCAGGAGGCAGAGGCCCAGACGUAGAACCGAAGGGGCUCUGCAGCCUCGAGUUUGGACACUUGUUCGUUUAAAACUUCCACUGAAAGACUAGCUUUGGGGGUGUCGACUGGACACAGACCACAAUGGAUAGGAGUGGACACUAGACUAUCCUGCUGUGAAGACCACCAUGCAGAGAGAGGCCAUGGCCCCUGCCACGCUGGAGCCAGUUAGGGUCCUGUGGUCCUUUUUCCGUUUUACAAGCAGCUGUCAUCAGUCUCACUGAUGGGGUUGACAUGGUAUUUGAUCGCUACGGUAACCAUGGCGAGGAAUAAUUCUAACCCCGCCCCCUUGUCCCUUUACCCCUACUCCCCCAACGCAUGCACUGGAAUUGAGGUUUCCCUUACAUUGAUCUCCCCAGCCUUACCAGUCCCGGAGAGACCUCCCUCAAACUGGAGUGAACUGGUUAAACUGGGACUGCCGCAAACUGGAGCUGAGCUGAGCUUGAAGACUUGAAAAUGAAUAAUAAUAAUAAUAAUAAUAAUAAUAAUAAUAAUAAUAAUAAUAAUAAUGCAGGUUCGAACUGGUAACUCUCACUGGAAUCUAAAAAGGACUGGAGUAUUGCUUGUUAAUGUCGUAAUUUUUCCUUUUUGUUUUGAAUUUGUUUUGUUGUUUUAAAAAAAAAAAAUGGGGCAGGAGGCUGGAGAAUACAAUGUAGCGGCAAAUUGAGUUAUACCAUUUGUGUGCAUGGAUCCCAGAAAACAUUUGGGUUUAAUUUAUUGAUUUGACUAAAACAAAAA